AUGGUGAUCGGAGCCGUGGUGGCCAUCGAAGUGCAGAAAUUCGGAUAUCUGUUCAAUCCACCUCAACCGGAACACACGCCCCAGCAUCAUGAGGAGAAGCAAGAUCUGAACAAGAUACCUGGAGUUCCGGGCGUGGACUAUCCGGUCUACCAUGAGGUGCCCCACACGCACUUCAGUUGCCACAAUGUUCCCGCCACUCCCGGCAUGUAUGCCAAUGUGGAGACGGGUUGCCAGGCGUAUCAUGUCUGCCACGAUGGACGCGAGGGUCACCAGGGUGCCUCGUUCCUUUGCACCAAUGGCACCAUAUUCAAUCAGAAGGAGUUCGCCUGCGAUUGGUGGUACAACGUCAAGUGCGAGGAGGCCACCAGCUUUUAUAAUUUGAAUGCCGACCCGGAGCACAAUCCUUACUUUCCCAAAAAGAAGCCUGAGCUGGAGCCUCUUGGUCAUGAUUUUCAUGAUGCAAGUAAAUUUCUGAUACAACCCUAGAUUCAUUUCUAUUCUAAUUUUG